GACCCACCAAGCAACAGCCACCAUGUUCCGCCAAGUCGCCCGUUCCGCGGCCGUGACCGCUCGUGCUCUGAGCACCACCGCGCUCCGUUCGGCUGAGGCUCCCGUCCAGCUCUUCGGCAUUGAGGGUCGCUACGCCCAUGCCCUGUACAGCGCUGCUUCGCAGAAGAAGGCCCUUGACAACGUCGAGAAGGAGCUCGAUGCCGUCAAGACGUUGAUGGGCACGAACGCCGACUUUGCUGAUUUCCUCAAGAACCCUGUCCUGAGCCGUGCUGAGAAGUCUGAUAUCGUCCAGGAAGUGAUGAAGAGCCAGAAGUUCUCCGAAACUACCAUCAACUUUUUUGGUGCUCUUGCUGAGAACAACCGCCUGGCCGAGACGGGUGGUGUGAUUGAUGCUUACAAGACACUGAUGAAGGCCACCCGCGGUGAGGUGACCUGCAAGGUGACCUCGGCCUCGGACCUCAAGCCUGCGCAGAAGAAGAGCAUUGAGGCGGCGCUCUCCAGCUUCGUUCCUUCCUCGCAAAAGGUGUCCGUCACUUACGAGACGGAGCCUUCCCUCGUUGGUGGCUUUGUUGUGGACGUCGGAGAGAAGCACAUCGACCUCUCGGUCCGCAGCAAGGUCCAGAAGUACAGCUCUCUCCUCCGCGAGUCUCUGUAAAUCUUCAGAGCCUUUUGUUCCCUCUUUGGCGCUCCAACCUUUUCCCUACUUUGGGCCUGGGCUGGGCGCGUUAGCGCGGUUUCGACCCCAUUCUUCCGGCCUUCUACGGCCCUCCUUUUCGCUCUGAGCUCGACUCUUGAACCCGUGAGCUCGUGUUUGCCUUGACAUAACUUGGAUCAUCCCCCUACGAAACACAAAACGAUCAAACGUACCAAAUAGAACCCCAAAAGC